GCGUAAGCUUUUUUUUAUUUUUCUCCCAUAUUUCCAUGGCCACAAACGCAAAUCCUCUUGACCAACUCCAAUACUUUGUUGAGAUGAUUUCAAAGCAUCCUCUAAUUCAUCAUGGCUCUGUUGAUAAAAGUCACGAGCAAUGGGCAUGAGAUUGUGGGUUUUGUUUCGAUAUGAACUUGUUAUACAUGGGCGUACCUUUACCGUAAUUGGUACAAGCGGUCUGGACUGCAGCAGAAAUUGGAGCGGGAAGCUGUUCGCGGCCGCGUUACGACGCGCUGGAAGCUCAGUAUUUUCUUUCAUCGCUUGGCUGAUCAUUUUACGAUGCCCCCCAGUCAAGUGGCCACCUUCAUUGACUGCGUCCUGUUGCCUGCAAUUGGGCUUACAAGCCCUUUUUGCAAGUCAAAAUUUCGGGUUAAGCACCCGUACCGACUCGGAGCGCCUCCGUGACCGCCGUGGUCUCAUCGUGCCAAAGCCGGUGAUGCUUGAUAGCACCAACAUCCCGCUGCUGAUUGAAAUAAUGCGCAUUUGUCAAGAUGGCAAACCACAAUCCCAAUUUGGCGAUUUCUUUUUUGACACCUGGUGCGACGGAAUCAAAGCCCCGUACAGAGGAUCGGUUCAAAACUCACUGGUUGACGUUGACUGGGCCCUGGUCGAUCCUGCGACUGCGUACAUCGAUGUGGGUGCCGAAGUAUUACCGAUCGUCGAUUGCCCGCUUGUGGGUGUGCCGAUGAACAGCUCCCACAGGGACCUUAUUAGUCAACUGUUUGGUUCGGUCAAUUCGUCGGCCUAUCGACACCGGCAUGGUUAUCAUGGCAUCUAUCGAUCUCAUUUUCCCUUCUUUCUAAUCCUUAUACUACAUGUCAUAGGCAUGACCAAUUUCUGCUUUUACAGCACUUGGGGUGGUUUCGCUUCUUACCUAAAAAGCGGAAUCCCCAACUCCAGUUAAAUUCAAAUAAAGAAAAACAGUUUUUAAGAUGUAUCCUCAUUUUAAACCUAUUAUAAAAAUAUAUGAUAAAUUUAAUAAUGAUAAAAAUAAAUACGAAAGAUAUAUUUCUUUUGAAUAUAA